AUGCUGCCCCUCAUCAGCUCACGUACGAAGCGAACGCUAUCUCGGAAGAUUUUCGGUAUUGGAGCUCUAUCCCUAUUGAAUUGUACGAAGGUAGAGGGUGUGGAAAUUCUAGUCAAGCAGCUGGAGCAACGACCCAAAGGCACAUCCGUUAUCACAGUGUCAAAUCAUUCUGCCACAGUGGAUGAUCCAGCUAUCUUUGCCAAUAUGAUGCCGUGGAAAUUUAUGUGGCCACGAAGUGGACGAUGGAGUUUGGCAAGCCAGGAAUAUUGUUAUACGAAAGGAAAAGUGGUUUCGGCUGUAUUUUUUGGGGCAAAGUCGCUGCCGAUUAAACGAGGAGGUGGUGUCGAUCAUCCGAUGAUGAGAGCAUUAUUUGAAAAAGUAGAGGAGGGUGCAUGGGUACACAUUUUUCCUGAAGGCAAGAUCGUACAGGACGAACCACUUGGUGGUCGACCAAGUCCACGUCGUGAAGAGAUUGGACGACUUAAAUGGGGGGUGGGUAAGCUCAUCGCACGUGCAACAACACGGCCGAUCGUAGUGCCAUUAUACCAUUACAAUAUGGAAAAACUCAUGCCACAAGACGACAAGAAUCGACUCAUCAGUAUCAUUCCUAAAACAAAUCUUCAUCUCGGAGUGAUCGUAGGUGAACCACUUUCCUUUGACGAUCUAUUUGAACAGUAUGCAAACGAUCGUGUAACGGGUGACUUUUCAUGGGAGACACAAGAGCGUGAAAAAGCAUUAUACUCGGCCAUUACAUGGAGAAUCGAAAAUGCGUUGUUGGCUCUUGAAGAAAAGACACGCCAGUGGCAGCAAUAG